CCACCUCUCCCCCUCCGGCGCUGCCUUCGUCCUUCCCUCGCGCGUGGGCGCGGCCCGGCGAGUUCCUCCUCUCCCCUCCCCUGCCCUGCCUUGCCUCGCCUCGCCUCGCGUUCCCCUCAGCGCGGCAGGAGCGGCGCUGCCCCGCUCGGCCCCGCUCGGCUCCCGCAGGGGGACGCGGCGCGGUCGGGCAGCCGGGCUCGGGCCGCGCCGCCCUGCCCUGCCCCGCCCCGGGACAACCCGAGCUGCGCUGAGACGAGGGGAGAAGAGGGGGCGAGAUGGCGUCGUGCGUGGGGAGCCGGACCCUGAGCAAGAACGACGUGAACUACCGCCUGCACUUCCGCAUGAUCAACGAGCAGCAGGUGGAGGACAUCACGCUUGAGUUCUUCUACCGGCCGCACACCAUCACCCUCCUCAGCUUCACCAUCCUCAGCCUCAUGGCCUUCGCCUUCACCAGGGAUGAUUCUGUACCAGAGGAUAAUAUUUGGAGGGGUAUCCUCUCUGUGAUUUUCUUCUUUCUAAUCAUCAGUGUUCUAGCUUUUCCUAAUGGACCCUUUACGCGUCCUCAUCCUGCAAUAUGGAGGAUGGUUUUUGGUCUCAGUGUGCUCUAUUUUCUGUUCCUGGUGUUCGUGCUCUUCCUUAACUUUGAGCAGGUAAAAGCAGUGAUGUACUGGCUGGAUCCUAAUCUUCGAUAUGCCACAAGGGAAGCAGAUAUUAUGGAGUAUGCAGUGAACUGUCAUGUUAUCACCUGGGAAAGAAUCCUUAGCCACUUUGAUAUAUUUGCUUUUGGACAUUUCUGGGGCUGGGCUAUGAAGGCUUUGCUGAUCCGCAGCUAUGGGCUCUGCUGGACUAUCAGCAUCACCUGGGAGCUCACUGAGCUCUUCUUCAUGCACCUUCUGCCUAAUUUUGCUGAAUGCUGGUGGGAUCAAGUCAUUUUGGACAUCCUGCUUUGUAACGGGGGUGGCAUCUGGUUGGGCAUGGUAGUUUGUCGUUUCUUGGAGAUGAGGACCUAUCACUGGGCAAGCUUCAAGGACAUUCACACAACCACAGGGAAAAUCAAAAGAGCUGUAUUGCAGUUCACCCCAGCCAGCUGGACCUAUGUCCGCUGGUUUGACCCAAAGUCAUCAUUUCAGAGAGUGGCUGGAAUCUAUCUUUUCAUGAUCAUUUGGCAGGUAAGAAAUAAAUUCUGUGACCUCAAAGCUGCCAUCAGCUCAGUUACUUGUUGGCUAU